UUAAAAGUUGAAAUCUACCCUCGAUUUGGACCGGUCCAUUUUGGUAAUAUUUCACCAAACCGUUCGGAACAUUGUCAACAUACCAGCAUUUCUACAUUAACCAACAACCUAACUAAAAAGAAAGAGUCUAAAAACGACAAUGAAAUGCCUAGCAUGUGUACUUGUUUUACCUGUUCUGAUGUCUUUAUUGGCCUAUCGAUAUAUACAACCGAUGCCAUCUGGAGCAAGGGAACCCAGAAAUCAAAUGAUAACUUUGGGUUUGUUCCGGGUUUUGGAUGACGUAAUAUCAAUACUUAGCUCAUUUGGAUACUCAAAAACAGAACUUUUUAAGAAUGCAUUUGAAAACAAUCCACGUCCUGAGCCAGAUCCGAGAGUUUUGUCUACGGAUGAAUAUUUUGAUGGAAUAAAAGUGAGAAUAUACCGACCUUUAGCAUCUAAAGAUAAAGUUCUACCUGCUAUGGUCUACUAUCAUGGCGGUGGAUGGAUUUAUAUGUCUGUCAAUAGCUACGAUCCUUUAACAACAGCCAUCUCACUAAAAGCAAAUAUUGUUGUCAUUUCAGUUGAGUAUAGACUUAUGCCGGAUUACAUUUUUCCAAGUCAGUUUGAAGACUGUUUAAAAGCCACAGAAUAUGUAUUCAGAAACGCUGAAAAAUACCUAAUUGAUCCCUCUAGAAUAAGCAUAGGAGGUGAUAGUGCUGGUGGAAAUUUAGCAGCGGCCGUAGGUUUAAAGUUUUCUCAAGAACCAAAACCGAGUUUAGCAAAAAUAAAGGUACAAGUAUUAUUGUAUCCGGUUUUACAAGCGUUUGAUUUUGAUCUUCCAUCCUACAGAGAGUAUGCUGAUGUAUCUGGCGUGUCUUACUUAAACAGAGUGGAUAUGAUUAACUAUAUCAAUAUGUAUGGAUUUCAAGAUCAAGGAAACUUGGACGCUAUUUCUAGAAACAAACACGUGUCAGAGAAAACACGACAAACAUACAGAAGUUUAGUUGACCCGGGUUUACUUCCUGAAGAUCUACAGAAAAGAGGUGGAGCUAACCCAAAACAAUCAGAACCAAAUACAACGUUAUCGGACGCAGUUCAUGACAAUGUAAUUAAUCCAUAUGCAUGGCCUCUAAUGGCUACAGACGAUGCGUUACUUAAAUUACCAAAGACAUAUGUGGUAGUAACAGAGUAUGACCCGUUAAGAGAUGAAGGUUGCAGAACGACUAAGAAGACUUGUUCCGGAAAACAUUGA